UAGUCAAUUUAAAAGAAUUAGUUUGUUACUAAUUCUCCUUAUCAAAUUCAUCAGCCACGGUUACACGUGCUUGGCAAAAAACGAAAAGACUUGGUUGAUUUAAGAAAAACACAACACAGUUCCUGUGUACAUCAUCUAAUGGUUGACUAGUGAGAGAAAAACAGUGAGGUGAAAGUUUAACCCAACAUCGAAUGAAGAUUCACAUGAGAAACGUAGUUUCUAGACUAAGCUUUUCUCACACAUGGAUUACACCCAACGUUGCUUGUAGCUAUCUGACCCAAACCCAUCACGCCAAUGCCACUAAGCAUGAAGCCUCUGAUGACAUUCAUCCAUAUGGUUAUGAUUCAACCACUUUCCAUGUUGCAUGCCACAUGUUUGAAGAAAUGUCUGACUUAACUGUUGCAUCAGCAACGACCAUAAUUCAGGGCUUUGUUAAGCGCCACUGCCAUGAAGAUGCCAUCAAUCUUUUCACUAAGAUGUUGGCCUCAAAAAUUAGACCCAAUGAGUUCACAUUUGGAACUGUGCUUCACUCCUCCACUGCACUUGGAAAUGUUGUUUUGGGGAGGCAGCUUCAUGCUUGUGCAAUGAAGGUUGGCUUUAGCUGUCAUGUAUUUGUUGGUAGUGCUCUGCUUGAUUUAUAUUUCAAGUUGAGUACUGUAGAAGAAGCCCAGAUGGCUUUCAGAGAAAUGCAACAUCCUAAUGUGGUGUCUUAUACAACUCUAAUUUGUGGGUAUUUGAAGAGAAGGAGAUUUGAGGAUGCUUUACGGGUUUUCCAUGAGAUGCCUGAGAGGAACGUUGUCUCGUGGAAUGCGAUGGUUAGCGGAUGCAGCCAGACAGGGCAUAAUGAAGAAGCUGUGAAUUUUUUUAUUGGCAUGCUAAGAGAAGGAUUUAUACCAAAUCAAUCUACAUUUCCUUGCGUGAUUUCUGCAGCUGCAAAUAUGGCUGCACUUGGAAUGGGGAAAAGUUUUCAUGCUUGUGCAAUCAAGUUUUUGGGUAAGGUUGAUCAGUUUGUUGGUAACUCAGUUAUUAGCUUUUAUGCAAAAUGUGGAAACAUGGAAGACAGCCUGCUAAUGUUUGACAAGCUUGUUAAAAGGAACAUAGUUUCAUGGAAUGCCGUGGUAUGUGGUUACGCACAAAAUGGAAGAGGCUUUGAAGCAAUAAGCUUCUUUGAAAGAAUGGGUUCUUCAGGCUAUAAACCCAAUGCAGUUACCCUUCUUGGGUUACUCUGGGCUUGUAAUCAUGCCGGUCUUGUUGAUGAGGGCUACUCAUAUUUCAAUCGAGCCAAGCUUGAGAGCCCCAGUUUGCUGAAGUCUGAGCAUUAUGCUUGUAUGGUUAACUUGCUUUCUCGCUCAGGACGUUUUGCAGAAGCUGAGAAUUUUCUUCGGAGUGUGCCCUUUGACCCUGGACUUGGAUUUUGGAAGGCAUUGCUUGGGGGCUGUCAAAUCCACUCUAACAUUAAGUUGGGAGAGCUUGCAGCAAGAAAGAUUUUGGCUUUGGAUCCUGAUGAUGUAUCAUCUUAUGUGAUGUUGUCAAAUGCUCAUUCUGCAGCAGGUAAGUGGUCAGAUGUGUCAACCGUAAGGAGUGAAAUGAAGGAAAAAGGAAUGAAGAGGAUUCCGGGUAGCAGUUGGAUUGAAGUCAGAGGCAAAGUUCAUGCCUUUCUUACUGCAGAUCAGAAUCAUGAUAAAAUUGAUGAAAUUUAUUUGCUUCUAAGAUUUUUCUUUGAGCAUUUAAGGGAAAAUGAGGAUUCUGAUUUCCUCAACAUUUAUUGGUAUUUUAGUUCAUAAAUAAUGGGCAUGGUGCUGUUUGAUAUAGUGUUAUACCGGUUUCAAUUUUAAAAAGGGUUGACUAUUUUUGCUUUUA